AUGGAGGAGCUGGGAUUUGCUGCUGCCGCUGCCGUUCCAGGCCGGCUCGGUUUGGGACGGACGGAGCGGCGCGGGCGGCGCCGGCACCGCCGGCACGGCGCCGACGGCUCAGGGAGAUUCGGGUCUCGGUUUGCCGCCGUGGGGACCCUCGGGAUGGAAAUCCCAAUCCUGCCAGGAAAUCUGGGAUGGACAUCCCAACCGUGUCAGGAAUCCCAGGAUGGACAUCCCAACCCUGCCAGGAAAUCUGAGAUGGACACCACAACCCUUCCAGUGGAAAUCUGGGAUGGAAAUUCCAACCCUGCCAGGAAAUCUGGGAUGGAUAUCCCAAUCCUGCCAGGAAAUCUGGGAUGGAAAUUCCAACCCUGCCAGGAAAUCUGGGAUGGACAUCCCAGUCCUUCCAGGAAUCCUGGGAUGGAAAUUCCAACCCUUCCAGGAAGUCUGGGAUGGACAUUUCCAGGAAUCCCAGGAUGGACAUCCCAAUCCUGCCAGGAAUCCUGGGAUGGACAUCCCAACCCUGCCAGGAAAUCUGGGAUGGAUAUCCCAAUCUUUCCAGGAAAUCUGGGAUGGAAAUUCCAACCCUUCCAGGAAGUCUGGGAUGGACAUUUCCAGGAAUCCCAGGAUGGACAUCCCAAUCCUGCCAGGAAUCCUGGGAUGGACAUCCCAACCACGCCAGGGUCCAUCCCAAACCUCCCAGGAACCCCAAUCCUGCCAGAACCCUCGGGAUGGACAUCCCAACCCUUCCAGAAACCCCAGGGUGGACAUCUCAGUCCUUUCAGGGUCCAUCCCAAACCUCCCAGGAACCCCAACCCUUCCAGGAAUCCCAGAAUGGACAUCCCAACCCUGCCAGGACCCUCGGGAUGGACAUCCCAACCCUUCCAGAAACCCUGGGAUGGACAUUCCAAACCUUUGGGAUCUCCAACACCAUUUUGGGAUGAAAAUGCCAAACUUUGGGGGUCUCCUACCCCAUUUUGGGAUGGGAAUUGCAAACAUUUGGGGUCUCCUACCCAUCCUGGGAUGAAAAUUCCAAAUCUUUAA